CUCCCCGCCCGCCGUCCCGCGUCCGCGCAGGGAGACGGAGGAGGCGAGGGCGCGGCGCGUGGGGCUUCCACGGGCGCCGCUGCGAAACCAUGAUGGAUGAACCAGAUUUUGAAGAACUGUUGGCGAGAGCAAAAGCUGGAGACCCCAAAUCCCAGACAGAGGUGGGGAAACACUACUUGAAGCUGGCAGAGGAGCAGGACGAAGAGCUGAACAGCUGCAGUGCAGUUGAGUGGUUGAUCCUGGCCGCCAAACAGGGACAAAGGGAAGCACUCAAAAUGCUGCGUAGCUGUUUGGCAGAAAGAAAAGGCAUCACGUCAGAAAAUGUGCAAGAGGUGAAGAGAUUACUGUCUGAGACUGAUUUGGAAAGGGCCGUGAGAAAAGCUGCUUUAGUCAUCUACUGGAAAUUAAAUCCAAAGAAGAAAAAGGAAUUGGCUGUUUCGGAACUAUUAGAAAACGUCGGUGAAGUGGACCGUGAAGGCAAGGGGGACCAGCGCCCCGGGCCGCUUCCAAAGCCUGUCCAGAAGCAGAGGAGGAUGCUGGAGAGGCUCGUCAGCAGCGAAGCUAAGAAUUAUAUUGCCUUGGAUGAUUUUGUUGAAAUAACCAAGAAGUAUGCCAAGGGCAUCAUCCCACCAAGCUUGGUCGUGCAGGACGACGACAACGACGAACUGACGGGGAAGAGUCCCGAGGAGCUUCCGCUCCGACAAAAGGUCAUCAAGUAUCCACUUCACGCCAUCAUGGAAAUCAAAGAGCACCUGAUAGAGGUGGCCUCGAAAGCAGGGAUGCACUGGCUGUCCACGAUCAUUCCAACCCACCAGAUCAAUGCCCUCAUCUUCUUCUUCAUCCUCAGCAACCUCACUGUCACGUUCUUUGCGUUUUUCAUCCCAUUAGUGAUUUUCUACCUCUCCUUCAUCUCCAUGGUGAUUUGCACCCUGAAAGUCUUCCAAGAUAGCAAAGCCUGGGAAAACUUCCGCACCCUCACAGAGCUGCUCCUUCGCUUUGAGCCGGGCCUGGACGUUGACGAGGCAGAGGCGAACUUUGGCUGGAAUCACCUGGAGCCCUACGUCCACUUCCUGCUUUCAGUGUUCUUUGUCCUCUUCUCCUUCCCGGUGGCGAGCAAGGAGUGGAUGCCCUGCUCGGAGCUGGCGACAGUUUCCAUUUUCUUCACAGUGACCAGCUACCUGAGCUUGGGCACCAGCGCAGAGCCCUACACGCGAAGGGCCCUGCUGACUGAAGUGGCCGCAGGGGCCCUCUCUCUGCUGCAGGGGGCCCCUGACCACUGGGGCCGCGUGAAGGUCUUGGGUAAGACGUUUCACAGCCUUCCUCUCGGCAGCCUCUUGGUGCUGAACCUCAGCCUGCCGUGCCUGCUGUUCCUGUACCUGUAUUACCUUUUCUAUUGCAUGGCCCGGCUGCGGAAGUUCAAGGGCUUCUAUUGCUACUUGGUUCCUUACUUGGUCUGUUUCAUGUGGUGCGAACUCUCCGUUGUGAUUUUACAGGAAUCGACCGGCCUUGGUCUCCUCCGUGCUUCGGUGGGUUACUUCUUGUUCUUGUUUGCGCUUCCUGUUUUACUGUUGGGCAUUGCACUGAUGUGUCUCUUCCACUUCCUCAGAUGGUUCAUAACGCUGGAGCUGAUAAAGAUUGUGGUAACUCUCCUCCUGUGUGCUAUUCCUUUGCUUUUCCACUUGUGCACGAGGGCCAGGGUCUCUGCAGUUGAAGUGGUGAAAUCCCUAACCAAGAGUUCGAUUGUUAAACUUAUUCUGGUGUGGCUUUCUGCUAUUGUGUUGUUCUGCUGGUUUUACGUGUAUCGCUCAGAGGGGAUGAAAGUGUACAACUCGACGUUGACAUGGAAUCAGUAUGGGUUUCUCUGUGGGCCCCGGGCAUGGAAGGAAACCAACAUGGCACGAACUCAGAUUUUGUGCAGUCAUCUGGAAGGCCAUCGGGUGACGUGGACAGGGAGGUUCAAGUAUGUUAGAGUGAUCAGUAUUGAUAACAGUGCAGAAUCAGCAGUAAACAUGCUUCCCUAUUUUCUUGCGGACUGGUUGAGAUGUUUGUACGGAGAAACUUACCCAGCGUGUGACCCCAAAAACAUGACCCUGGAGGAGGAGGAACUCUGCCGCCUGAAGUAUUUGACCAAGCACGAUUGCCACAUAAAGAGGUUUGACCGGUAUAAAUUUGAAAUAACUGUGGGCAUGCCUUUCAGUGGUGGAAAUGGACAUAGGGCCGUGGAGGAGGAGGAUGUCACCAAAGACAUUGUGCUGAAGGCGAGCAAUGAGUUUAAGCAAGUGCUGCUGAAUCUCAGGCAGGGGAGUGUGGUGGAGUUCAGCACAAUUCUGGAAGGCCGUCUGGGGAGCAAGUGGCCGGUCUUUGAGCUGAAGGCCCUCUCAUGCUUGAACUGCAUGUCAAAACUGUCCCCUGCAGGAAGGCAUGUGAAAGUGGAGCAUGACUGGAGGAACACAGUUCAAACAGCUUUCAGAUUUGCCUUUAAUUUUUUAUUUUCCCCAUUUUUGUCAGUUGCAUAUUAAGUUUCAAAUAUAACACCUGCUCUGACACAAAUCACAUCUGGCUUUCACAAUCUGAUUUGGUUUAACAUGAAUAUUAAUGGAAUUUAGCACAGUGCAAAAUGCGGUCCUCAUAAUUUCUGCAUUGCACAGAUAUCUCUGUAUUUAGAAAAACACCUAACUGCAUAUUAAAAGCAAAAUCAGGAUUUCCUAAAAGAACUGAUUUACCAAACCAGAGAUGCUAAAAACACUUUACUCUGCCUUCUGCCUGUAUUUAUUCUAGAUAGUUGACGUAAACUUUAUUUCAAAGAUGAUGACACAACUCUCAGUUGUGCAGCUGCAACAUGCACAACAUUGUCAAAAUGAUGGCAUGUGACGAUGUUACAACACAAAUGCUCCAACUUACUGCUUGUGCCAGGAUCUGUGACACAAGCACGUGAGUGUGGAUGCGUCCCUACUGGCCUUUCUUUACUCCCCCUGUGGGCUGUAGAGAACUGUAUAGGAAAUAUCUGCCAAAUUAUGGAAUUGACAUAAACAGAAGUGAGCUAAUUCAGAGGCUCGGCUGGAUGACUUUUCUGAGGAAGGGGGCCUGCAGUCACCGAUUUUUUCGCAGGAAAGAGGGAAGAAAGGAAACAGUUUAAAUGAUAAACAAGAUUGGUUAACUUGGAAAUUCAUUCUGGAAAUGGUAAUGAGCAUCUGCUUAUGAAUCUGUCCUUAUAACCAUAAAAUAAAGAUUUAAAAAUACAAUGCA